UGUGGACAUGGUGGUCGUGCGCUUCUUGUUCCCGGCUCUGGCGGCAUGCGUCGUGGCGGCGGCGCAGCCCAACUGCACCGUGGCCGCCAUCGAGCAGUUCCCGCGGCCCCUGAUGAGCCCCGAACUGCGCCAGCGGGGAGCCAUCGGGGUGCACCUGCUGGCCGCUCUCUACAUGUUUGCCGCGCUGUCAAUCAUCUGCGAAGACUACUUCGUACCUUCACUGGAAGUCAUCUGCGACGUGUUGCAUGUGGACCCAGAUGUGGCUGGUGCGACGUUCAUGGCAGCGGCCAGCUCGGUCCCAGCCAUCGCUGCCUCGAUCAUCGCCAUCAUGGUGGCCAAGGGAGAAAUGGGCGUAAGCACUGCACUGGGUUCUGCUGUGCUGAACGCCGCAGGCGUCGUCAGUGUGAGUGCACUUUUUGCUGGAAAGGUGGUUCUGCUGCACCGUUGGCCAAUGUAUCGUGACAGCGUAUUCUUCUUCGCAAGCGUCGUUAUACUCUUGGCUGCCCUGCAGGACGAAGCCGUCAGCCGAACGGAGUCUAUUCUACUGCUGGCUGCGUACGUGGUGUAUGCGGUGUUCAUGUGUUUCGACAGCAAAGCUGAGUCAUUUUUCGUGCGACACCUGGCUUUCCUGCGUGACGAACCGCCACCGCCGUCCAGUGCAGCAGCGAACACGGAGCUGGCGGUGCCACCGUCGGUCUGCCGCCGUGCCAGCCGCGGCCUCGUGCUCACCACACUCAACAGGGCAGCUUCGUCAGCAGUGCCUCGAGCACGUAGCUUGGAUGCGCAGAGUGCCAAGCCGCCGCCACCGCCACCACGCCGUAGCCUCGCGUUGGACCCCAACCGACGGCGGCUGUCGCUCAUAUCGCUGCGCAGCCGCACUGCCAGCUGCGAUCAGCGAGAAGCCGAAAACAAGGAGGUUCUGGACUCACAAGGUGAGCAUGUGGCCGCUCUGGAAGAGAUGGCGCGUCGAGCGGCCUCCUCAGCGUUGGUGCCCCCUCGUGGAGGCUUUUCGUGGAUCCUGUGGCUUGUGCUGUUGCCUAUUAACACUCUACUGUUCAUCACCGUGCCAGACUGCAAGCGUCACCGCAACUGGUUUCCACUCACGUUCCUCAUGAGUACUGCGCACAUUUCGAUCUUCUCAUAUCUGCUCGUCUGGACCAUCACCAUCAUAGGAUUCACUCUAGGCGUUCCUGAUAAUGUGAUGGGGCUGACGUUUCUGUCUAUCGGAGUGACACUUCCCGAUGUGGUCGCCAGUCUUUUGGUGGUGCGCAGAGGAUUCGGCGAUAUGGCGGUGUGCAACGCACUCGGGAGCAACAUCUUCGAGAUUCUGGUGGGGCUCGGCCUUCCUUGGUUUAUCCAGACUGUUCUGCUGACUCCAGGAAAGCCAGCCACGGUUCAAGGCAAAGGGUUGGCCUACUCUACAGCCUGUCUUCUGUCAACCAUUGUCUUUCUACUGGUGCUCACGCAUUUCAACAAGUGGCGGAUGAACAAGAUCUACGGUGCCAUCCUGAUGGGCUGGUACCUGGCGUUUAUGGUGAUAGCCUCCCUCCACGAACUGAACGUGUUGGGAUACGUCAAUCCUCCUUCCUGCGACAGUGAUUACUGAGUGACAGCGCCACUGCGUAUGAUACUGCAAUGCACUAAUGUUGAAUUCCAAUGGCAGAUCCAGAUCAAGUUUUUCUGCUCUGAGCGCAGCAAUCACAUUCCGAUGGCGGAUCGGAAGCGUGAAUUGUGUGUUCCAAUGUCAGAUUAAGAGCAACCGCAGAUCACGGAUUGCUUCGUAGAGCAAAAAUUCUUGCUCUGCUGAAAUCGGCGGAUUUGACCGGAAGUUCAUGUGACGUAUUCUGUGCGCCCGCUUUUCAUCCAAUCACCGAUGGAUGUCCGGAAAAUGCUUUGCCCUCCCUCGCACCCUCUCGUGCUCCCUCGCUAGAUUUACGCUCACCAACAGCUCCCGUCGAGACGCGCACGUUCAGAUCGCAGAUUUGGCGAGAGCAAUCCUGCUCGGAUCUGCGGGCUCCAUUCGCAAUCCAGCUCAGCGCUCACGAUCUGCCAUUGGAAUUCAACAUAAAGCUGCUAGAUGUUCGUGCCUACCAUGACUGGUGCAUGUCAUGACAUUCACUGUGCUAUAAUGGCCCACGAGGUGCCUGACGGAUGGAAGCGCGCCGCUGGAGAAGUCCGAAGCGACGCUCUAUAGCACUGAGUGGGUAAAUCAAGUGCUUCUAUUUACAUGCCGUAAUGAUGUCACCCAACUGGCUUGCCCAAAUAAAAGUUUAUUUUCUGUCCUAAUUAUUC